UUCUAGUUCUACAGUUGACGAGGAGCAGUCGGACAGUACAGACGGUAAUAUUCUUCUCUUUAGAUUAGACCAAUUCUGUAGGACGAUAUGUUCACUAUACUAUUCUUCACUGCUGCUGCUGCUGCUUCUGCUCAGGCUUCAGGAAGCAUCUCUGGAGAGAGAGAGGGAAGCUGCGCUGCGGCUAGGAAAUGUUGUGAUGGUCAGAACACUGACUGUGCAGUCACCCAUGAUGUAAAUUUUAUGAGUUCGAACCCUUGCUACUGUGAUCAUGGUUGCCUUGAUAUGGGAGAUUGCUGUCCAGACUUUAAGCAAUACUGUGGAGUUCUUGACUGUGUGACGAGUGAGUGGGGAGAGUGGUCGGAGUGUGAUACAGAGUGUGGAAAAGGAGUGUCAAGGAGAACAAGAGAAAUCACUCAUCCUUCAUCGAACGGAGGUGUAGAAUGUGAUGCUCUAGAGCAAACCAGAGUUUGUAGAUCAGAGCAAGGGUGCUCUCAGAGAACUAGAGAUAAAAUUUCUGCUCUGAGAGAAACUGCAAUGUUGUUGCCUGGUAAAUACAGUUCUAAGAGGUCCAAGGACUGGGAUGUCAGGCAGAAUCUAAAAACAUAUGUUGAACCUGUAAACAAGGAUGAGUACUGUGCUGUAUUCAGAGUAGAUAAAGCAAUGAAAGCCUGUUUAUUGACCCAAGAGACAUUAGAACUACACAGAGUUUUUGGGAGAAAUGCAAACAAAGACCGUUACCCUCAGGAUGAGCUUUGUUUACAAUCCUGUCAAAACCUGCAGUACACCUCCUUAUUCAUGAUUGUAUAAUUGUACU